UGUAGCCUGCCUCCUCUCUGUGAUUUGGUGUUAGUUUGUAGGACAGGGGUUACAGAGGAAGUACUCAGCCUGUUUAGGCCAGCCCAUUCUGUGUGUACAAGAGCGAGCCAAGCACUGAACCUCUUUCACAGAGCCUCACACAGGCUGCAACAAUGUGGCUGUACCUCAUCACAGGGCUUGUGCUGUUCCUCGUCGUCCUGAAGAAGUGGUUUGGAAGCCGGGGACCCAACCCGCUUGCUGUGGACACCAGGAAACCACCUAAACCGCUGGUAUUUGAUAAAGCACUGAGAAGAAAAGUGAUUAAAAAUGGUAAAUAAAAUGACUGCCUGUCACCUUGAAAUACAGGAUGAGCAAUUACUGCUUGUUUCUACCUGCUGUAACGUAACACCUAACAAUCGAUUAGAUUGUUAAGAUCUCAUGUUUUGCCUGAUAUUCUACUCUCAUUGUCUAUGUUCAUUAUCCCUGUCAGUAAGAGGGAGCAUCUCAUUCAUUUGCCCAUAUUUUAGUACAGUAUCCCUAUCUAAUUCAAACAAUACAACUCCCUAACCUGGCUGGUUUUGUUAUAUAACAGUGAUUAUAUGUAAAAAGAAAUGCACACCCUACCAAGGAGGACACAUUUUAAACAAUAGUAAAUCCUUUAGAUUGUAAGCACACGGGCUAUCUAGCAAAUCACUUUGUAUGAAAGAACUUCAAUGGCUCGAUAUCCGCUUACGGGCAUGGCCCUCUCUACCGUCUGUAUUUGUCUGUGUAUAUUGUACGUCCUCCACUAAUUGUACAGCACCGCAGAAUCUGUUGGCGCUUUAUAAAUACCAGUAAUAAAGAAAAUAAAUAAAUGUCUAUUUAUUUAUGUAGCGCAGACCUGACCCACCAGAUGUUGCUGAACUACAACUCUCAUGUUGUUUUUUAUAAAUUUUUUCUUAGCUGAUUGGUAUAGUCACAGCAUGUGAUACAUAAUUAGUCAUGUAUUAGUUACCGGUACACCGGCUUAUUAUGUUCAGAUGCCAAAUAGGCAUAGUUCAGUUUAGGAACUUGGCAGAUCCUCACAUUGGGGUCGCUGAGCCUCACCUUUAACCAGGGGAUGCAAGGCUGCAUUUUUAUUUAUUGAUUUGCUAAUAAAGUGUUUUACCAGGGAGUACAUAGGGAUAUAUACACAGAGGGUAAGAACGUGACCAGUUAAUGUGUAAAUUGGUUUACAAUACCACAGAUCUGAAAAACAAAUCUAGCUGGUAUGUGUUAAUUAUACUCCCCUACCUCAUAGAUGUUUUACUAUGUUUUCUAUUAGUGAUUGCACUUUAUGCAAUUGGAGCGGGACUGUAUAAUUUUGUCCACGUGCCUGUAGGUUAACUAGGUGUUUGUGAAAGCAAUAUAAUUAACAUAGCACUAAGCACUUUAUAUGUGUUCGUAAGAAGAACAGUUUAUAGAAAUGUUAUUAUUUUGUAAGCUUUUUAAAGUUAGUAUGUUAUGCUGUACAUUACAAAAUAAUGUUAUAUAUCUCUUUAGACUGAAAAGGGUAAAUCAUAUUGUACCUUGUCUUUUACUGCUACUUCCUCUUACUUGUUCUUCAGUCAACAAUAUAUACAUAAAGUAAAUAAAAAUAAUAUUCCCCUUUUGUUUGCACCGGUAUCUUUCUUCCUUUUGUUUUUAUCCAUUCCUUCUUUCUUGUCCAUUUUUUUUAAGUAUGUUUGCAUGUCUGUUUACCAUCUCACAUCUUGCUCAGAGCACAUCUUUAAUGCCAUUUAUGUGCUUGUAUAUUUAUUAAUUAAAUCUUUUUUUUUUCUCGCAGUUUUCUCUCCAGAUAAAAUACCUCAGAAUCUGGAUGCCAUUGUCAUUGGCAGUGGUAUUGGAGGACAGGGAGCCGCUGCUCUCCUUGCCAGAGCUGGAAAACGGGUUCUCGUUCUGGAGCAACUCGGUAAAUUGGGUGGAAGCUGUCACACUUUCAACGAAAAGGGCUAUGAAUUUGAUGUUGGUGAGUAUGAAGAACGUGAGCAAGUAUUCACCGGCACAUCUGGCAGUCCAGCAUGUGUGGACUAAAUUGCCCAGUCAACCUCCUAAUAACAUGAAUAACCGGUUGUGAUGAACAUAGACAAUAAGUCAAGUAGUUGUGUGGAUUUUCGUGACAGGAGACAGGGGUGGAUUUUCACUAAUGUAGUCUAGGUACGUGCUCUAAUGGCUGAUUUCUGAGCAUGCUUUUUGGAAGUAUUGACAAAAUGCCACCGACUGAUACCUCUGCAACAUCAGAUGACAGGAUAACUUGCCACAGAUUGUUAUUGAAUGGAUAAACACCAUAUAACAGAACACCAGAAUUCCUUACAACAGCAUUCAAUCCCAAUGUCAGUAUACAGUGUAGAUACACAAUCCUCUGGAGAGUUUAUGAAUGGGCAUAUUUUGAAAUAAUGUUAAAUAAUGUACAGUAAUCAAAUUCUGAGGGUUUCCUGGGUAGAAUAACAAAUCAUUUAUCUUUUUCCUCUCAGGUAUCCAUUACAUUGGACAGAUGAAUGAGCAGUCUCCAACACGAAUAUUGAUAGAUCAACUGACUGAUGGGCAGCUUCAGUGGGCAAAGAUGGAUGACCCGUUCGAUGUAGUGCUUAUAGGGAACUUGGAGAAUGCUCGUCGCUACAACAUGCCUGUCGGGCAGCAGCCGUAUACAGAGGAGCUGAUAAAGGCUUUCCCAGGGGAAAAGAAAGCCAUCCAAAACUUCAUGAAGCUGGUGAAGGUUAGUCUAAUGAGUGGCAAACAUGGCUGUCAUUAUGAGAGGAACAAUGUAUGCAUGAUCUGUGUAUUGUGGUACCAAACCACUCUUCAUGCAUCCUUAAUGGUUCAGGCUUAUCAAUAUCCCAACUAUAACAUAACUAGCAAAAUAUCAAAUUCAAAAUCAAUGGGACAACCUUUGUGUCUAAAUGCAGUGUCUGGGAUUAGUUGCAGAAUGUGGAGCAACCACUGAGUCCCUGUGCUUUCUGAAUUAUCUCCACAGGUGGAACAGAACGCUAUAGAUGUGCAUGAAUGUAUUCUGAGCUCAACCCCAAGAUUGGUCAAAUGGUUCUUAUUGGCCCUCAAAUACUACAUAUUUUAUUUAUUCUGUUUAACCUAGAGUGACACAUACAGUUAUAGUUAUACUGUCCAGUAUAAGUCCAGCUUUGUCUGUGUUUAUAACAUUCUGUGUUAAAGUGUUUUAUUUGAAAUAGAUAGCGUCCCUUCUUUUUCUACCACUCCCAUCUCCCUGACAUGAAAAGGGACCAUAGAUACCAAUUACCAUUUCGUUUUACAGAAGGUAUCUGGCCGAGUCUCAGAUAUGGUUGUCCUGAAGAUGUUGCCACUGCCACUUGCACGGUUCCUGUGCCGCAUUGGCCUUGUGAAACUGAUCUCUCCGUUUUUCCGGUAUGCUAGCCGCAGUGUGUCCAACGUCAUCAAUGAGCUGACUGACAACAAAGAGCUGAGAACUGUAUUAAGUUACAUCUUUGGAACAUAUGGUAUGACAUGGCACAUGACUCAGGUGCUUAUAGGUGCACUAAAUCUGUCUGGUUAAUCCUUUCCUGUUUCCCUGCACCUCUUGUCUCAACUCCCCUUCAUUACUUUUAGAUUGCAAGCUCACAUGCUAUCUUGCAGCAUACUUUGGAUACAGUUGCUAUAAGAUUUUAAGCUUACAGAAUCUCUCUGUUUCUCUUGUAUUUGUAUGUCUCAAGUGUUAUAUUUGCUUCCCCUAAUUAAAAUCUGUUGGUGCUUUAUAAAUACAAAAUCAUAAUAAUGAUGAUGGUGAUUUAAAAUGAUUUAUUGUGUAAUUGUGGGAGGGGUUACCCGGCGAUAAAAACACGGGCCACCCCUCUCACUUGACUGUUAACGCCGGGUUCAGCCAGAACCUUGGACUUCCUGGUCAACUCACCAGGACAUCACUCCCACAUGGUCUCGCUACAGGUCAAGUCCCCCCUGCUCCGGUCCACAACAUCCCACCGCAGCAGACCUCCUUGCCUUACCUACGUUGGGGCUUCUCUUCCCGCUGAUCGUGCCUGGCUAUAGGUGCCGCAGCAACUCCUACCUCCACACUGCUUCUGGGUUCCACUUCUGGGUUCCAGAUUCCGGGGUCAUGAACCGUGAGUUUUCCUGAAUGGUUCUCUCACGCUUCAUUCGUCUGGCGCACGGCGUUCGUUAAAUGAAUACUCAUUUAUACCUUUCAUUCAUACUGAAUUCAACCGUACGAAUCACCAUACCCAACAUUAAUACCACAUCUACCGGUGAUAUUCAUGAUUACACCAUUAUUCAAUACUAUUCUAUGUUUCAGCUUCUGUUACCAGAUUCACUGCCACUUACUCUUAGGUUCUACUACCCCCAAAUCUGCCGUUAGGUUACGAUAAUUACGAUAAUUACAAUAAUUAGUAAUUACUAUGUAUAUGUUGCCUGGGGCAUACUUCCUACUUGGUUAUUUUCCUCUAAACAUGUCACUCAUGUUAUUACUACUACCCAUACGUUGUGUACUAUUCUAGACUGACAGCUCAUAUGUGUAUGUUAACUAUUUAUGAAUGUUUAUAUGUACAGUUGUUUUCACGUUGGGGCAAAUUACAGCCGUAUUGUUCCCCCUCACUGUACUGACAAUUUGCCUAACUACUAAACUGUCAUGUCAUUCUCCCCAUACCCUGGGUAUGUAUGGACAAAUUCCUCGCAGAAAAUCAAGCAUGCUGAUCCAUUCCGCACCAUAACUCUUACUCCUAAAACCCCUACGCCCAUAAGUUAAACACUAUUCUUACAUGCUAAUUAUAUAGGCCUAAAUGUUUUUCAACCAUCAGCAUAUGUUUCUAAUCUUGUCUCUUCCUACGUCGAGGGUAUGGCAUUUUUGUCUCCAGCAUGUUCGGGUCCAGUACUCUGUCCCCUACAAGCAUGGUUGAUGGCCAUUACGGCCUCACGUCAAUACUGACACUUGAGCAUUCUAGAGGUUUCGGACUAGACUCCUGGUACCAAGUUCUGUACCUAUCAUCAGGUCAUUUGACUCAGCAGGUACGUAUUCUAUCAAGAUAUGGUGUUUUCAAUCCCUAUGUUUACUAUGCCGACUCUCAUUUAUCAUCAGUUACACCGCAGGGUAUGCCACUGUAUAUUGUCUAUGAUACCCAGUUUAUUGCUUCUCCUUAAACAACCAGUAACCUCCCAACCGAUCAAUGACCUACAAAUCUCCCCCCCUCCCCAUUUGUGUUUCUCCGCAUUUUUAUUUUCACCCUGUACCUCAGGACUCAAAUGUAUGUUCAGAAAUCCCACAAAUUUACAACCUUUCAUCAAGCAUGUCUUAUCAUUUUACACUUCUGCUAUUCUUUAUGAGCUCUCUGCUAAGCUGCUUACAAUCCUUCCUAAGUGGCAUACACAUGGCCAUACUCUACUCUAAGGAGGUUACAGUAUCCGUCAUCAUGUAUGAAAUCCUUACAUCUCUUAUCAGGCUAUUCCAGUUCAGUGUAAUUUCAAUAAUCUGGUGUAACCAUGACCACUUACAUUGUGAUACAUACAAUUUAUUACUUUUCAUAUAGCCCAUUUCCCCGCUACGAAGCUCUUCCAUCAUUUCCAGCUUACUAGGGUGUGCUACAACCCUGUCAUACCUCAGCCCUCCAUGAGUUAAGCAGCACGUUACAAUUUUUCGGACCCUCAAUUGGGUGCUCCCAUACGGCAUAAGAUUUACAUUGGGCAUAAGUUUCAUUUAGCAUACAUCCUGCCACAACAAUCUCUCUACAUACGGCCCUCACUAGGCCGUCACUCAUACGUUACAUACGGCCCACCACGGGCAUUCCACUGCAACUCCAUUUCGACCCCUCAUUUGAGCAAUUACGAUGAUUAAGGUCUCGUCAGGCCACUCAUUUUUCUUCCUACACCACCCUCUGUCAGCAUACAUUUCCCACCCAUAGACACUUGCUGGAGCUCCAAAGUUAAUUUCCUGCUAAUAAAAUAUGUGUACAACAUACUCUCACAUUUACAAUUGGUCCUUCUUAUGGAUGGACACACAGCGGGAACUCACACAUAGAUACAACACGUUUAAUUACCUUCCCUAUCCACAUGUUAAUGGAACUAAGAUUAUAUACAUAUUUUGUUACCUUAUCUCGAUUCUACUAUCUAUACAAGUCUCCCCAUUGUUGAUGUCUUAGUCCUUAAACACAACACAGGUACGUUGUGCCCUUUUCUUAAUUAACACUUACACCAUCCUGGAUGCAUUCCCAUAGGCGUUCCCAUUGUGUUGUUAGGUUCCUCUCUAUAAGAAUCCAUUCCCUUGCUCAACCACACUAGUUGGGCCAGGUACGUACGUUCUAUAUACCUUCCUUAAAUUCCUUAUGCUCCUAUUCCUCUACAUUCCUUAGGGAUAGAUCAACUGGCUGAAAAGUGUAGUGGUGCUGGAGUGAGUAUCUGUCAAAUGCUACCCAGACAACACAUCAGAUUGUGAAGUUCAUCAGGGUUGGUUCUCCCUACUCAGUUACACCAUUACGUUCGAAGUUCACUGGCUUGCAACACAGCAACUCUAUCUUGUCCGCACACUUAUACAGGCUACCUUUCAUGGUAGCUGUUGAUUUGACUCGAUCCCACUUGCUGACAUGAUACUAAGCACACCAUACGCUACCAAACUACCUACAGUAUUCCUAAACAAUUAGAAUUAUACUAAAUUAGGUCAUAUUAUGGCCUUGUUCCGUUGGGGGCACACCUGACUCUCUGCCAAUAUCUGCCAUUCAAAUAACAGAGCUCUGGCCACUACCGACAUUGGGCACUUUGGCGUAUCAUUUUGUCAUCACGUAUUCGAUCAUACCUUUGUAGUGUUCAUAUCCUUUUUGCCACCUCAUCCCUAAAUUAGCUCACAAAUAUCACAAACGUAUCUCAUACCACCUACAGGGAUAACCUUAUGACAAUCAGCAAGAUUUCAGGUCUACAUACUAGACCAAUUAUCUGACUCACACAGGACUAUAUGCCUGUCUUAAGAUCACACAAUUACUCACAACUUAAAUUGCAUUACAUACGUCAGGACUUUCCCUAACUCGUACACCACUCUUCAGCAUUUAGUGAGUCAAUCUCAUUGUUGGGAACUACUUCCAGCCUUUAGUAAUACCCCAGUACACAUAAUCGAACACUGGGACAUAAGAAUCUGCUAUAACAUCUCUCAAUAGAGAGAGAGUUGAGGAAGGCGUUUAGGGAAUUGGUUAGGUAUCAUCAACACGUAUUAUGCGUUGAUCCAUUCAACUUUUUUCCCUCUUUAUUUACAGGCCUAGCCAAACAUCGGUGAUGGCACACCUCAACCGACUUGUACCACAAUACUAUUACACGGCUUAUUGUCCCGACUACAAAUAUAUAUAUAUAUAUAUAUAUAUAUAUAUAUAUAUAUAUAUAAUCCAGCACACUGCCUAUCUACAAACAGCAACACCUAAUCUAGACAAAAAAUAAUGGGUCCUACUCUAACAGCCAAAUAUAAUGUAACUAAACCCCCUUUUUAUUUUUUUUGCCUAGAUUAGGUAUUUUUAAAAAACAAACAAAAUCUGUCAGCACUAAAUUUGCUGUUUAGUAGAUAAGGGAGUGCGCUGUGUGCUGGAUUUUCAUUUUUAUUGUACUUAUUGGCUCCCAGCAGCACCCUAUUUAUUCAUGUUUAGGUGAGUGCAGCCAUCCUCUUAUAUAUAAAUAUAUAUAGACUUUUUUUUAUUAUUAUUUUUAAUUCUUUAUUGGUAUACAAUCCUUAGUUUAACAAAUAAACCUGUUAAUAUCAAGUAGCCCAAGUUACCUUCUUUUGCCAAUGGUAUGCCAGUUGGGGGCUGCUAUUUUCUUUACCAAACAUGCUACGAACCCAGCAAAUCAAUCUGUGAAAAAUGAAAGAUUAAAAACUUAGAUUGACAACUAUAUAACUUCGCACUAGAGCCAGUGGUAUUUUGUAAAGUUUAAAGAUGCCUCCUUCCCCUUAGACAUCCUAGACAUAUGAGCCAUUUAACAAUCAAGACUGAUAAGGGCUUCUGAUUGAGGUGUGUUGUGUUUUUUUAACUUUGCUGCACACUUGUCUUUUAAAAAUGUUAUACGCAAAUAUGUGAGAAAAUGUGGGGUUUUGUUUUAUUCUUCUUUUUAUAUUUUAUGUAUACUUCAUGUUGCAGUGGGUGUGUGUAUAAUAUGUAUAGGUGUACUUAAAGAAAAAGUUUAGCAUUUACAGUGGAACAAACACAUAGCAGAUGUUCUAGGCUUUGUAAUAGUUCUGAAGUUGGAUAAUUGCCUCAGUCAUUAAGGGGUUGAGGACGGGUACAGGAAAGCAUGUAUGAUUGUUGUGAAGAUAGGAAAUGGAGACUAAUGAACCUUGUAUGGGCGAGGUUAGGUGGAGUACUAGAAUGGUCAUAUUCUAUUAUCCAUUUAUCCACCUGAAUUUCCAGAGGGGUGAGAUAGAAACAUCUGAAUGGAAUAUUGAAAAACUUGAUUUUUGAUAUAUAUUCAUUUAUGGAAAAGGCAGAGCUAUCAUUAAAUAAACAACCACAUUGAUGUAAUUGGACUCCGUUGUGCUAAUUUAUGCAACUGGGGAUUUAUUGGUUAAGUGAUGGUAAGUGAUUGGGUAAGUGAUGGUGGAGUUUGGUAACUAAUAUAAUUUCUAUAUUCACUCAGGUGUGUUCCCAGAUAAAGCCAGCUUUGCCCUUCAUGCUGUGCUCAUUGAUCACUUCCUGCGUGGGGGUUGGUACCCUACCGGUGGCGCCAGUGAAAUUACCUUCCAUCUUGUUCCCACAAUUGAAAGAGCAGGAGGAGCCGUGCUGUCAAAAGUCACAGUGGAUAAAAUCCUGGUCAAUGGAGAGAGGAGAGCUUAUGGUAAGGAAAGAAAAAUGGCAGAAAUUGUUAUAAGGGGGACACUUUUCCUAAAUCUGAAAUGUUAUGCCCAGGUAAAAUUAGUUUUAAACAUUUACUAUAUAUAAUUCGAUCAUAUUGUACUUUUCAUUCUUAUUUUCUUUUUUCUUUUUUUUUUUUUUUUAUUCUUUUGACACAGGUCAUAGCCUUAAUAGAAAACAUUACAUGAGAUAAGCAUUUGUAUGAGCUGAGGGAAUUUGGUUUUAGGUUGUAGGUGCUAGCGCUUUGUCUUAGGCCUUUUGUGCCUAGGGAUAUAGCAAUAUAGCCAAUGGGAUCAAUAGUUUGCUAUAGGCAGUAAGGUUGGAGAUGCUUAGAGUAGAAUAGUGAUAUAGCGAUAUGGGCUUCCGACCAGGGUCAGAUGGGAUGCAUUUCACCUGUAGUAGGGGCAGAUAGACAUUACGCCAGUACAGUGUAAAAUUACCCCAUAACCCCAGGGUGUGGGGGGAUCUUAUCCAUUAGACAAUUAUAGGGACAAUUUUUAAAAUGCUGUAAAGUAAAUUGUUAAAUGGCUUGCGUGAGUGAGAAACAUGGUGUAGCAUAUAAUCCAUGGAAAGUAAACACUGGAGAGAAGAGUUCUGCUCGCAGUUUACCUUACCCCAUACAAAGGUAAGUUCAAGCCACUCUUCUCCAUCAGGUAGUGGCCACUGUGGGGGCCUCUGUCCCAGACCGUCAGGGGACGAACGGUGUCAACUUUGUGGGAUCCCAGGCUGUAUUGGGUGCCACUGGGGUACUUGGUCCCACAAGGGACAAGGAGUCCCGCUGUAGCCACAAGGUUGGCAGGAGAUCUAUAGCGCCUUGCAUGUCUUGAACAUUGGACGAGGAAUCGCAGUGGUGGACUAGCAGUGUGCAAGGUUGCCUCCACUGGUAUUUGAUGUUAUGCAAGCGAAGGAGAGCUGUGAAGGCUUAAGUGAGCGGCACCAGGCCAGAGUGGACCCUGAUAGAUCUGCAUAAAAAUGAGAGCUGCAUGUUCUCAAAUGGAUAUGGUGAUCUGUCUCUGUGACUCUGGAAGCGCACCAGAAGGUCCCUUGGUGCUACGGUCGGAGUUUUGGCUGGCCGUGGAACAUCCCCUCCAGGGCCAUUUGUUUAGACUGUGUAGGAGACAAGAGGGCCAACAUAAGUCGCCUAAUAAAGUGUGGUACCUCGGCCUCCGGUAUGUCCUCUCCAAUUCCCCUGAUCUUGACAUUCAGGCUUCGCCUUUGAUCUUCCAAUUGUGCAAAUUUCAGAUCGAAUUUAUGAUUCUGCUGCUGCAGGUCGUGCACUGCUUGUUGCAGAAGCGUUGUAUUAUGCGUGUUUCGGCGGGAGUCUUCCUCCAGAGUACUCAGACGGCUUGUCAGGCCCUGCAGGUCUCUGAGGAUCUGGGCCAUAUCAGCCUCUGCUCUAUUUAUGAAGUCGUCUGAGAUGUCAGAGCAGUCGUCGGCAUAGUUGGCCAUAUUUGUGCCCAUGACGCUGUGAGUUUGCUUCCAUAGGUCUCCGAUAUUUACAAUUUGCCAGGGUUUGUCGAGCUUAGGGUUUUUUGACCCAUCUUGCUAUCUGCAAUUUGGGGGUCUGUUGGGCACCGUUUCUGAGGAGUUUGGGCUAUGGUAGAGGGUCCAAAGUGGCUGUUUAGUGCAGAGCUUAGGUGGCCAUUCAGUCAGUAGCUUGGCUCCACCCCCUUAUUUUUUUUAUUUUAUUUUUUUAUUCUUCUUUUCCUCUACAUGGACAUUUUUUGUUUAAAAAAAAUAUCCUCUUUUGAACUGCUUGUCCUACUUACUCCCUUUUCUUCCAGUUUGUUUAUUUUGUGUCCACCUUAUAAGUAUUUGUAUUCUUUAUCUUUACUUUGUUCGCAGGGACAUUUGUGAUCCUUAAAAUGCCACUUACGUGAUUUCUAACACAAAAGUUCCUUAUGUUAAACUGGGAGACACGGUUCUGUAUGUCCAUAGGUACUUCACCUCUGCCUGGUCACCUUAUUGCAGUACUCCCAGAUCACAACCCUGAAAAGAUAUCUCUCAAAUCUCAUGAAGGCAUUGAGGAACCCUCCAAUGUUAGGGAGACUACUCAUUGCUUUCUUUUUAUUUACAGUUCUGAGAUUUUUCUGUAAACCUGCGCUUCCACGUACAAAAAUAGCAAGACCUCUUUUUCUAUAGAUUAAACCGGUGACCCACAAAAUGCGUUUUAGGUACUCUGCAAUUCUAUGAUUUUAAUACAUCUGUAACAUAUUUGACGCUAUAUUAAUAUUCCCAAAUGUUUUGCAGGUGUUGUUGUGAAAGCAAAGGGACAUGAACCCAUGAAUAUUUUUGCCCCCAUUGUGAUUUCUGAUGCUGGUAUUUUCAACACAUAUGAAAAACUUCUACCCUCUGAAAUGGAAGCAUUGCCAGGUUUGUAAGAGUGACUAGGAAAAUACUGGGUCUUUGAUACUGGGCAAAUAUAAGCUGCCUAGGAUGGGGAUUGUAGGACUUUUAUGAGAGAGUGUGUGUGUUCGUUCACAUAGUGUGAUUUAAAGAAAGUCUUUAUUGCAGUGUUUUUCAACCUUUUAGUAGUACCCCUGGAGGUCUAAAAAAAUCCCACGUUCCUGUGCCUUGAGAAAGUAAUUUCUAUUGAUUUAAAUUCCAAAUGACACGUGUAGACACUGAUAGUUAAUCCCAUAUUGGAGAACUAGUCUGAUUAAACACAGUAAAGAAUAUUUAUUUUUAAAAUAAAUAUGACAUAAUGUGAAUAUUGUGUAUGUAAGAGGAGCGUAUGAACUAUUAAUCUGAACUCUGAAGUAUAAACGUCACAAAACGAAAAUAUACUACACACAUAAGUUACAUACAGAAGACACUGACACACACACAUUUAUACAUAGAGGACACUGACACACAUACACUCACUGACACACACUCUUAUAGAUUUGACACACACUGACAGACGCAUACACACAUUCUCUUACACUCAUUCACAAAUCCUAUUUCUUAUUUAAUUCCAUCUGGCCUCCCUACUUUUGGGGGAGCUAGAGUGGACCCUUUACCUGUGGUCCAGUGUGAGACUCGUGUAAUAUUGCUGUUUCAGCACUGUUCCUUCGCUUGCUGUUUAGUGAUGCCGGGGACAGUGUGACGACUUCUCUCUGCAUCUCCGCAGGGCAUGUGUGGGAGCAGUACUGGAAGAGCACAGAAAUUGCAGCUGCCUAGCCGUCUGGCUACAGCACCCCAAUACACUGUAUUUGGGCAGAGUAGGCACUUGCCAUCCAGGUAAGCAGGUGCCUACUCUGCCUUAGCACCUAGUGAGGGCCCUAAAUUGGCCAGUUCUUGGUUGAAUAUGCUGAGGUGAAUUAAUACUCUUUAAAGACUCCAAUUGGGCAUUAGUUAGAUUAUCAUACUUUCAGCAGUGCACAAUAGCCACUAUACUUACCUGGCACUGUCGAGUGCCUGAGAUCCUUCAGGUCUGCACUAGUAUGCUGAACUUUAGGAUUAACAAUUCAAUUGUCUAUACUUAAUCACCUUGACAGAUUUCAUGCCUUACUCAUCAUAGAUUAUUUCACAUGAAUUUUCACUUGUCACUUUCUAUAAUUCACCCCUCAUUCACCCUGAGCAAGUCUGUACAGUUCCAAUUAAGGGAAUCUUUUGAUUCAAUUUAGUCCAUGGCUGCCCCUCCUUGCCUCAAGCAAAAGCCUCAAUUGCCUUUAGUGUGUCAGCCUUAUAAUAGUUGUUAAGAAAACCAUGACUUUCAUGAACUAAAAGAAAAAUUUGACAUCUGAUGCCAGCACGCACAGUAUGCUGGUUUCAGACACCCACAGACACCCAAUUUUUGCACAGCCCGCCAGCUCCGUCCUUUCUAUCAAGGAGGCUAUCCCUAGAGGUAGAGCUAUGUGUGUGCUGUCAGUGCAGGUAUAUUGGAGGGAACAACCUUAGAGAGACCGUGAUAGAGCAGUGUGUUUAUUGAGUGCAAAUACAAACAUUCUAUUUAAUUUCCUAUUCUUUUCAUAGUCCUCUCUAAUGACAUAUUUCAUGCUUCCUUCAGAGAUCCAGAAUCAGCUGGGAUUGAUGAAACACGGACAGGGAGGUUUCAGUCUUUUUAUUGGUCUAAAAGGAACAAAAGAGGAUCUUAAUCUUCCAGCUGCAAAUUAUAUAUACCUCCCAAGUACAGACCUGACAAAGUUGUAAGUAGAUGUCCUCAGGACCACCAUAACAUGCAUGCUGAAUUUUCCUUCUUUAUGUUGACUAUGUUAAUUGGCUGAUACUCUCAUCUGUCACAUUGGAGUAGAUUUAUCAAAGUGUUCUGUUUUAAACCUUUGUCUAAUAUAGUAAAAGUGGGGCAAUUACCACGGAGACCGUGGAACCAGCAGGUACAUUCCAUCGGUGACCCCUCCGCUUUUACAAUUUUUGCAUCACUUUUUAGAAAAGACAUGUAACCUGAGAACGCCUAAUCCUAAACUUUACAUUGUAUCUAGUAAUGUAAGUCACCCAGUGGAAUAUAGUAUGGCCAUUGACUGCCCCAGCAUCCCAUUUUAUUUAUCUCAAUCCACAACUUGUCAUCACUCAUAGGAGAGAAAAUGCUUAGGUGAAUGGGCUUGAAAGUCAUAUUCCAAAGACCCUGGACUCUAUUUGAUUCAAUACAAUCUGUUGGUUAAAGCCUUGUUACAAUUAUGUGCACUGGCUCUGCAAUUUGCAAAUAUUUGCAUAUUCUGUGAAAUUCAGGCAGAUUGCAUUGGGAUUAGGAUUAAUGUGUUCCAUCAUGCUCCUCAUCAUAAUAGCUUUAUUUUAUUAUCUUUUUAUUGGUGCCUUUAUGCUUUACUAUAUGUUUAUUUUUUCAUGUACUGUUUUGAAUGCAUCACAAUAAGUUUAACCUCUUUAAUAACAUUAGGACGUUUCAUGCAGUCCUAAACAAAAGUGGGCUUUUACGCUGUUAGGAACACAUGGAAUUAUUAUUAUUAUUAUUUUAUUAUUUAUAUAGCGCCAUCAAAUUCCGUAGCGCUGUACAAUGGGUGGACUAACAGACAUGUAAUUGUAACCAGACAACUGGACGUGCAGCAACAGAGAAGGAGGGCCCUGCUCAAUGAGCUUACAUUCUAGAGGGGGUGGGGUAUAGUGACACAGAGGGUAAAAGUAGGGGUACGAAGUAGGUUGUUAGAAAAGUAUUAAUUGAGAGCUUAGUAGGUAAUUUUUGACAGUUGCAGGAGAGGAGUCAUGGAGGGUGAGGGAUGAAAACCUGCUAACAGUUUAACUGAUAUGCUUUCUUUAAGAAGUGAGUGAGUGAGUGGAGACUGGGUGAAAUUCUUACGGAGAAGGGAAGGGAGUUCCACAGAAAAGUUGCAGCCCUGGAAAAGUCUUGGAGGUGAGCGUUAGAGGUGGGAGUACGGACAGAGGAUAUACGUAGGUCUUUGGCAGAGCGUAGGGGCCUCGACGGGACAUACUAGUGUAUUAGUGAGGAUAGGUAGGUUGGAGCAGCAUUAUGUAGGGACUUGUAAGCAAGCACCAGAAUUUUAAAUUGAGCCCUAUAUCUAACUGGAAGCCAGUGCAGGGACUGACAGAGCGGGGAGGCGUGAGAGGUGCGGACGGACAGGAAAAUGAGCCUCGCUGCCGCAUUCAAUAUAGAUUGCAGCGGUGCAAUCUGGGAACACGUAAGACCACUGAGAAGAGUAUUGCAGUAGUCCAGUCGAGAGAGAACAAGAGCAUGGACCAGCACCUUAGCUGCAUCUGGGGUUAAAUAGGGGCGGAUGCGCGCUAUGUUUUUGAGAUGGAAGCGACCGGAUUUGACGAUUGAUUGGAGCGGUGAAGGAGAGGUUGGAGUCAAAAAGAACACCCAGGCAGUUAGCCUGCCAGGUAGAGGUGAUGGUAGCGCCGUUGACUUGGAGGGAGUCAGACACGGGAGUAGUAACACUUGAGGGAGGAAAGGCCAGAAGUUCUGUUUUGGACAGGUUGAGUUUAAGGUAAUGAGCAGCCAUCCAUUUGGAAAUCGAAGAGAGGCAGUCAGAGACACGAGUCAAGAUGGGCGGAGAGAGAUCAGGAGAGGACAGGUAGAUUUGCGUGUCAUCCACAUAGAAAUGAUAACAACAGCCAAAGGAGCUGAUGAGUUUACCAAGGGAGGCAGUGUAGAUAGAGAACAGUAGGGGACCAAGGAACCUUGGGGGACGCCGACAGAGAGUGGUUGGGGGGAAGAGGCAGAGUCAGAGAAAGAAACACUGAAAGAGCGCUGGGAGAGGUAGGAGGAGCACCAGGAGAGAGCAGUAUCCCAUAGAUAGGAUAGAGUAAUGGCCACGAGAUUUAGCAGCAAUUAAAUCGUUGGAUACUUUGGUCACAGCCAUUUCGACAGAAUGAUCAGCGCGGAAUCCAGACUGAAGGGGGCCAAGCAGAGAGUUGGUUUCGAGAAAGUCAGUCAAUCUGGUGUACACAACUCUCUCGAUGAUCUUGGUAGCAAAUGGGAGUUGCGAGAUAGGGCGGUAGUUGGAUGGGGAGUUGGGGUCAAGGCUGGGCUUUUUCAGAAUUGGGGUUACAGUUGCAUGUUUUGAAGGGUGAGGGAAAUGUGCCAGAGGAAAGGGAGAGAUUGGAAAUUUUAGUGAGGGGAAGAACAAGAGAGGGAGACAUAGUGCGGAUGAGAUAUGAAGGAAUAGGAUCGAGGGGAAUAGGUGGUGGGGCAGGAGGACCGGAGCAGAGCAGAAACCUCUUCUGCUGUAGCAGGUGCGAAUGAGUGUAGAAUGGUGGAGGGAGUGGGGUUGGGUGAUGUAAUGGUAGGGGAAGGAGAGAAAUUAGCGAUCUCUUCUCUGAUUGUAGAGAUCUUCUCAGUGAAGUGAGAUGCAAAGUUUGUGGCGGACAAGGUGGUAGAAGGAGGGGGAUUAAAAGGGCGAAGAAGAACAUCAAAAGUGUGAAAUAGGUGUUUGGGUUGAUGGGACAGUGUACUUAUGAGGGUGUUAAAGUAAUUUACUUUUGCAGCGGAGAGAGCCAAGCUGUAGGAGUGCAGCAUAAAUUUAUAUUGGAGGAAGUCAGAUGCAAAGUGUGACUUUCUCCAGGAGCGUUCAGCAGUUCUAGUACAUUUUUGCAGGUAACGGGUCAGCUUGGUGUGCCAGGGUUGUAAUUGGGGGCGCUUGCUGCGUUUAAUUGUAGGAGGUGCCAUGAUGUCGAGUUGAGAGGAUAGAGUUGAGUUGUAGAGUGAGGUAGCUGAGUUAGGGCAAGUUAGAUUUGAGAUGGGUAAAAGGAGAGUAUUGAGUUUGGUGGAGAACUGCUGGAGAUCAAGGCAGUUGAGGAUUCUGCGAGAUUGGAGAGUUGAGGGUGGUGAAAUUUUGGUAUGGGGUAUGCUGAUGUCAAAUGUUAGUAGAUGGUGGUCAGACAAAGAAAAUGGAACAGUGGAGAGAUUAGAGGGGGUACACAGAUUGGUGAAGAUGAGGUCAAGAGUGUUUCCUGCUGUAUGAAUUGCUGAAGUUGUCCUUGCAUUUUGGUGUGAGAAGGUUUUAAAUCCCUGUUCACACCGGGGAAACUGGUUGAUACCCUGGGAUUCCCACUGUCAGCUGGAGCCAUUUUUUAGAGGCCUCUUAGUAUCACCUGAGCUGCAUGUAGGGUUCAAAGUGAGCACUGCAUAUAACCUUGUAAAUGAGCGAUGGUGUUCAGUUGCUGUUUUUUCCAGCUUUCCCCAGAAAGAAAGACCCCCAGUAUCAGAAAACAUCCCUGCAUUUCCCCCUGCUGACAGUGAUCAGCGUUGGGCUGUACCUGCUACCCAGCACCGACCACAUAGUGAUCGUCCAGGAUAGCAUGCAGGAGCUGCAGUAUGAGAGGAAGAUCUCCCCCUCAUGCCACAAUCACACAGUAUAGAGCUAUGUGUGAUUUGAGAAAUCUCUCUGCUAAUGUCAGUACUAACGGUAUGCCUCUGUGUUAGGGUAAGAGUUAAUGCUUGGUUAGGGAUAGUGUAGAGUAAUAAAUUAGGGGUAAGAUUAGGAUAGGUGUAAGCACAGGGGUAGGGUUGGUAUGGCAUGGGGCGGGAUGGUUGGUACUGGGUUAGCAUUAGCUAUCAAAAAUGCAUUUAGAUCCUUGCCAUAUGAGGCAUUCAUAAUCAUAACUGGUACAUAAAUUCAUUUUGAGUACAUUUUCUUUAGUUUCACUUGAUGUGUUAAAAAUUAUCAUAAGCAAAACUGUGAAAAAUAUUUGGUUUCUAUGUAUUCAUAGUUAAUGUUGUGUUAUGUAUGGGUGCAAACUUAAAUUAUAGUGGCGCAAAUAUUGUACGAAUUUGACGGGAUUUUUUUGGUUCAGAAGUUGGUUGAUUGCCUCCAUCCUUAAUGGGUUAAUGUAGCUAUUGAAGGUUUGUCCCAGUUUAAAAAUAAAUAGAUCAGCCAGUUUGUUUUUGACAAGUUUAUCAUUAAAUAUGAAAAAUCUUAAGCACACCAAACAUAAUUACAAUUAAAAAAGUUUAAUUAUUUAAGAAAUGCAUAUCAACAAAGUACUUAUCUGCAAAAACAUGCAAAUCUAUACAUAACGGCAUCAAUAACAAUAAAGUGUUCUAGACAUAUAUUGCUUUACCAUAUACCAACAGACACAAGAUAUACUGAACUAGAGCUGGAGACUACACAAACCCCAACGUUUCUGCACCUGGCCUUCCUCAGGGGGGAAUCUCAAAGCUAAUAGUACUUAUUCUGAGGGGGCAGAGCCUAACUGUAGAACGGGAAAGAUGCACAAAAUAAUAGCUCCUAACUACAGCGACUUAUUUGGGAACAAAAAUCGGCACUAAUCACAGCAGAGAAGGCAGGAUGCAGGCAGGGGAAACCCGGGGGUAUCCAACAACCCCAAAAACGAGACCUACAACCCUCGGGAACCCUCAAAGCCACUAGGGCCUACUCAUGACCAGGCUGGGGAGAGACAGACACUCUCCCCGACAGCAGAGGCAUGCACGGACGCCUCGAAACAAUUGCUUCCUCCCCUAUGGACUGGUGGGGGAUAUCCCAGUCCCCCCCGGACUACAGGGGCAGCUCAGCAAAGACUCACCACAAAGCCAAACCUGUACCACAAAGGGGCAACUCGGCAGAAGAUGCUUCCAAGAUGGCGGCGGACUGGGAGGCCUCCCACAUUGCAGCAGACACAGAGCUCCGACUAGCCACAAUUUUUGACUCCUUGUGGGAGAAGCUGGAGGCCUACAUGCGACCUCCCCGCCCGGUGGCCAAGACAAAGGGCAAGCCACUAAGCCCAUAUCAGGUGGCUGCUCAGCGGAAAACAAACGCUCCAUGUGCCCAGAAGGCCAGCGCCACAGGGGCGCCAUCCUAGCUAAACACCCAGGGAGACCCAUUACCAGCAAAGGCAACCGGAAACCGACCCACAGGAUUAAGAAAGUGAACAAAACAGAAUACUCAGACCCUACACACCGACAAACACCGGUCAACAAUAGACCAAGCAGGAACAAAGCGACAUUUGAUCGGCAGUGGAGAAGGCAAGAAACGAGGCCCAAAAAGGCGGCAAAGGCACUCAAUCACGUAAGGGGGAAUCUCCUGAGCACAAGCAGCGCCCGAGAUCGAGACACACCUGGGCACUUAACCGGCACUGUGAAAUACCCGCGGCGGGAAUCGGCUGACCGGGACACUUAUCACUGCAGAUGAGAUAAUCGUUUAUACCUCAUACUGCCCAUAUAAGUGACUGGUGAUGGAUUAUUGUUCCUAUAUGUUUUUUCAGCUAAUUUUGCUCCAGCGUGUUACAUGUAAGCUGUAGUGGUAAUUAUAAUUCAGUAAUAUAUGCAUCAGGCUUCACAGUAUGUCUCGUACUGCUGAUAGUUUGAAUGGCAAGCCUCCAUGUGUAAGUGUGUAUGGAGAUUGUUUUGAAUAUUUUUAUUGUGUGCACAAUAUAAAGUCAUACAUCAGAUGGGUUUGUGGUAAAGCAAGUGAUUGCCCACGCAGGGGCUCAAAUAUUAGUUUAACACUGCAUAUACAUUUGGUUGCCUGCGUAGAGGCGGAAUUGUCCUAGCCUGUGUUUUUGUACACUGGUGGUUGCUUUGUGUUUUAUGCUCUUAUGUAUCGUGUUGCCUUAUUAGUUCAAUUAUAGCAUUAAGUAAGUGUUUUAUGUUAACUAGAGUAUGUCAGUGCUGCGUGUUUGCUAGUUGGUGAGUGCACAUUGUCUCCUAUGCAGAGGCAGUUUAAUCAGCUUACUAAGUAGGGUCAGGCAUUGAGCAACUAUCUAAGAUACAAAAACUUUUUCAACUUUCAGCAUAAGGAGCAUAUUUGUUUGCAGUCUGCUGCCUUAAUAGAUAACAGAGCUAUUUGGAUAUCAGGUUUACAGUAAUAAGCGAAAAUUACUCAGCUUGCUAAUUAGAGUCAGGCAUUAAACAACAAUUUAAGCUACAUAAACUUUUUCAACUGUCAGCAUAUGGAGCAUAUGUGUUUGCAGUCUGCUGUCUUAAUAGAUAAUAGAGCUAUUUGUAUAUCAGGUUUACAGCAAUAAGCGACUGUACCGUCAAACAUGCGGCAGUCAGUGAUCGGAUAUGCAGCAGUAUCUACCUUUGGCCCCUGUGGGCAUUUUAGCAUUAACCGCACAUUCCUUUGGUAAUUCAAAAACAGAAUCAUAUAAGCGAAUAGAUACGAACUGAAUGCAGCUGUUAAGACACAAGUGCAAGCUAUCUAUUGAAAACUUGUUCGCGUUUAAACGGCAUUAACUAUGAACAUGAAUAAAAGCCCCUAAGUAAUCUUUAUGUAUUUCUAAGCUUAUGUGAGGAACUUCUCAUGUGUCCAGAAUUGCAUGUGAGCUUGCUUAUAGGAAAAGUCCCGGAAUUUUCAGCGGUGUAUGUUGAGCUGAAUUAUGGAGCGGUAAGCUAUCUGCAUAUCGGAUCGGUGAGGUCCUUUAGGACGCCGGUCGUCCAUCUGUCCUCCCUCAGGACUCAGUCCCCCGCGGAGCGCUCCGUGAUGCCGUGGGCACUCGGGGUCCAGGCCAGUCCAUGAGACCCCCCACAAAAGUCCCAGCACCUGCUGUCCCCUGCACCUCCCCUGCAUCACUUGCGCUGCCAGAUGACUCCUGGUCCCACGUGUCUCACCCAGUACAGGCCACACACUUAGAGCCGAUGCGCCUCCUCCCUCACGGCCACCGGUAUACCGGAGGGGUUUAGUGCCUUCUGGCCCCACAGGGCUCACUGCGCCAGGGACAUCCUUCUCCGGGCCACCCAGAAACCCAGAUGCAGGGUCCAGUAUCGCCACCAGGGGGCAGGCCAUCUGGGGCGUCCGUCCGUGAGCCGACAGCCGUCUGGGCCCCUCGAGCCGCAUACAGAAGCCUCCACACAGAGGUAGGUAGGCCUUUUCGUGCUUGCCUGUAUUCUGUCUGCCCUUAUCUGCUGGCUGGCUAUUCCUGUGGAAACUUUGCCAGUGUAGGUGAUUGACCCGCGGGGGCCUCUGUCGCCGCGGAGGUCGCCACCAUGUGGCCGGGAUAACCCCCACCGGCCUGGGGGGGGAGCGGGGCCGCGCCGCCGGCCGGGUCCGUCCGUUUAGCAUCGGGUUCAGGCCUCUCUUUCUACGACCGCCCCACCGGGCCACUUCGCCUUUCCAGGCUCCUGCCACGUGCAGCUGUGGUUGCCCACUUUCUGCUCUCUUGGUGCGUGGUCGGUCCCAUACGGGUGUCUCUCUGGAGCAGGGUGCGUGUACCACCUCUUAAUUGCCGGGGUGUCCCCUUUAGGUUGCUGCACGACCGCUUUUUAUGUCGAUUUUGGGGUAUCUUAGGACGGAGCUAAAGCUCAUGGCUGCCAUCCAGCUCGGCGGCCCGGCCCCGCCCCCGUGUAUGGAGAUUGUACCCAUGCUCGUUUGCCCGGUUUAGGGGCAGGUUGCAGAAUGUGUAGUCGCCAGAAUAAUGAGGUGUCGACUGUUGCUGCUUUGGCGGUUUCUUGCCAUCUCCUCCGCAGUACCCAACCAGGGAGAUGUGGGAACGACACUUUCAAGUUGCGUCUUCUUUUGCGGCUCACCUUGGGAGCCAUGACUUGGCUCGCAGGAGUAGAGGUGAGUCCCCUUUCAUAAAGCUUGGCCCAAAAAGCUGCGCAGAUGCGUUUAACCCCUUAAGGACCAAACUUCUGGAAUAAAAGGGAAUCGUGACAUGUCACACGUCAUGUGUCCUUAAGGGGUUAAAGUGUAAAGAGGAGUGGGUGUUCGGGCAAAGGUGCCUGCGGGAAGGGGCUUCAGGCUGUAGGCCUCUGCAGAGUGGCCAUCUUGAUAAAUAGGCCUCAGCCCCCGGGUUCUGCCGCAGGCUGGAUUAUUUGUCGAUGGGACUUCACCAAUAUACCAGUGGGGACCGGGAUAUCCCCCCUCACCCUCCCUGUUUGUGGCAAUAGGUCACAGGAAAAUCAAGCAUGGGCUUCGAGUGCCAGAUGCAGGCAGACAAGUAGCGUAUAAUCAGCAGGGUACUCCCAGGGGUGGCAUGCAGGGUUGGUGCCUAUAUUUGGGCUUGUUGUGUCGAGUUUCAGACUCAUUAGGUUAAUUACACUGAGGAGGUCCAGCACCGGGCGACCCCCUUAUUUUCACUUUUAUACCCAAAUGAUACUCCGACAUCAACCCAUAAUUAAAAACACUUUCCGGGAGGAUCAGAUUAAAAAAAACACAAUCAAAUUAUCCAUUGGUGAAUGCUAUCGCCAAUACCGACUUCCGUGUAUGACGUCAUCACGCAAAACAGUAUUAAACAGUGUGUCAUUGGUAUAUGGGUUUAUAUAGUUAAGCACUUUAUGUCUAGAGCAUUUUAUUGUUAUUGAGGCAGGUAUGUAUAUAUUGCCAUUUUUUUGCACAUAAGCACUUUGUUGAUAUGCAUUUAUUAAAUAAAUAAAACUUUAUUACGUGCAAUUACUUCUGGUGGGCAUGAGAUUUUUUCUAUUUCAUGAUUGCUUGGCACCUGGUGGGGAUACAGGUUCUUCUCAUUUAGCACCCUUGGGUUUUCAUAACUGCACGCCACACGAACAUUAACGCAUAUCAUUAGAGUGUUCACUAUAAUAUACUGUGCAUUUUUUGGACAAGUUGCCUGAAUCUGUUCCUCUUCAAGAGCCCACUGAUAUAUUAAGAAUGUCAAACUUAUGUUUAAAAUGACAAACUGGAAAAUAUCUCACACAAUACUUGCAGUUUGGCGGCUCUGGCCCUAAAUUUUACAUUCACUUUGAACUAAAUAAGAAUUCUCCCUUUAGUGUAUAAUCCUGACAAUCUCAGUGCCUGUUACUGCUUGCUCUUAUGCAUUGUAUGAGUAGCAUGACCUGUAGGUAAAGAAUUAGGCUUCAGGAAAAAUAAUAUCUUUAUAAAAACUGUGUUCGGAGCAGGCAGGGAGAGAGGGAUUCCUUCCUAAAGGUGGGUCUUGGUCCCUAGAAUGGGAGAAAGGAUAGAUGGUGUAGUGGGACAAGUCUGGGGGAGGGACAGAUGAUGGAGCAGGAUAUAGCUAGAGGGGGGACACAUGAUAGAGUGGGAUAAAUCUCCUCUAUUAUGUUUGAAUGUAUUCAAAAGUCUAAAGUUUUGCACUCCGGUUCUGAUGUACAAUUUUUCUUACAGAGAGAAAGAUUAUUAUACUUCCAGUGCAGAUGAAGCCGUAAAUCACAUUCCAAUGGUGUACAUCUCCUCUCCUUCUGCAAAAGACCCCACCCAUGAGGAGCGAUGUCCUGGUAAGGUCUUCACCAUAUUGUAGCAUAUCCAUGGAAUUCCAACAUAAAUACUUCCCAAACUUUAACAUGUGCACUUAACUAUAACCAUAGUAAACAAAUUACCUCGAUCAGCUUUUGCUCGGUAUGUGUUUUCUCAUACUCCAAGGAACCCCAACCAGACAGCAGAACUCGUUAUUCAUACUGCCCUCUGUAAUUGCCUCGAUUAGCUAUUGAUAGCUAUGUCCUGCUGUACCCUCUUUUAAGAUUGUAUACUCAUGCCAUAGUCAUUCAUGUUAAGGACUACCAUUUUCUUAAUGUUUAGAUAGUCUGCCGGAAACCCUGCUGCUCAGGAUACUCCUCCUGGUUAUGUUAAUCCAUUAACCCUUGCAGUGGCUCCAACUUCCAUGACAACUUCUGCUUUUAAACAAAGUUAUGGAGGAAGGAAUCUGUAUAUGCAGUUUUUCAGCUUGAAACUUUGCACAUAUAGGAAUAUUUACAGUAUUGUGCCGGGCGCUAGUUACGCCCCCAACACAUAUGGCUACAUUUCUGGUUGCUUAAUUUUAAAUCUGUGCAAGAAUUAAGCCUGCAAAUACUAACUGGUGCCCAAAAAAGCAGUAUAAAUGAAAAAAUAAUAAUUAAAAAAAGGGUUAUAUAUAUUAUAUAUUUAUAGGAUAUUUUUUAAAUAUGGUAAAACCUACUAUACUAUGCUGGGGGGGGAGAAUAAUAUAUAUAUAAUAUAUAUAUAUAUAUAUAUAUAUAUAUAUAUAUAUAAUCUCAUAGGCUGUUUUAAUUAACAGAUGGGAAUCCCAAUUUUAUUUCUGUAGUUUCAUUUUGUUACAGUUAGUCAUUCAGGGUUAUUUACUAAACUGAGAAUUCCAAGUGAAUUUGAAAUUUGAGGCCAGAAUAGGUAAACUGAAAGUCUAGCUGAGAAUGUUUCCAGUUCACUACUUGGACCUUAAAUUUGAAAUUCACUUUGAAUUUUCACUUUAGUGACUAACACUGGUGGUGUAUGUGGCACACUUUGAGGUCAUGGCACACUUGCCUAUUUCCUGUGAUCAAGAAACUGAUAAUGCAAAUGCUAGUCAUUGAAUAUGACUCGACUCAGUAAACUCAGCAUAAAAUUCACUAUGUUGAUAUGACCCACAGAGUGAUUAGAAUACCCAUCACUGCAAUAAGUCAGGCUUCCCCAAACUCCGGCCCUCCGGAUGUUGCUGAACUACAACUCCCAUGAUUCUCAGCCUAUUUAUUUAAUUCAUAGAAUCAUCAUCACUUGCUCAGAAAGCACCCCAACUACCUACGUAACAUGCUCAGCCUUGCCCUCCAUGGCCCUGUAUUUCAGAACCUUUUUUAGCAGAAUUACCCUUGUAUGUCUGGGGAAAAAAUAAAUCCUAACUAAUAUUAAUUAAAAGUUUACUCCAACCAUCCAGCCCUCUGUUGUGGUUAUGGUGGUAGGAGUACCCUGGUGCCAUUCUCCAGUAAUGGGGCAAACCCUCUAACAAGGUUUUGCCCACUUACCUGUGUCCCUUCUGGGCGCAAGGCCUCCUCUGUAGCAGGCUUUACAACAUCUGGGUGCCGAUCCUUACAUUCAUUGACUGAGAGUAUCAGUUAAAACUCUGGGCUGACUCAUGAUGCCCAAAUUCCCCUGCUGGAAGUGGAAUUAUACCUCUGGCGCCAAAGGAGUUAAACUCGGUAUGUGCUGUGUUUCAUUGUGAAAUGUUGCACAUACAGAUUCCAGGCACCAUGACCACUUCAAAUCACUGACAUUUUAGUCUAUUUUGCUAACUAUUUUAUUAAUAUGCAAAGCACUGUCUUACCUUUCCUGGCACUACUAAUGAUAUUGCAUGUCAGAUCUCUCAAAUCUCCUAUACUAGCUGCCUUUUAAAAGGAUCAAAGGGUACACUGACUUUAUGUGAGUUGAAGGGAAUUGAUACACUCUCCCUUAUCUUAUUGAGUACUAGCAAAAUAGAUUUGCUUUUUGAGCAUUGCACGUUAAACCCUCCCAUUGCUCAACUUCCAUAUGAUAGCACAACCUGUGUAUUUGAUGUAAAUUAGGGGUAGCCUUGCCUUUUUAAUAUAUAUUUUUUUCCAAAAAGGGGAACAUUGGUGAAUGGGGUGAAAAAUAAUAUAAAUAUAUACCUACAUGAGUGCAGCUAUUUGCUUUUUUCUUGAUGCGGAUCAUUUGUUUGUCAUGCCAAAGUAUAUUUUUACAUUUCACAUUUUUGUCAAUUGUAAAAUUAACCAGGAAAGUCCACGAUGACUGCCCUUUCCUUUGCACGCUAUGAUUGGUUUCAAGAGUGGAAGGAUAAGAAAGUACAGAAACGGGGAGCAGAUUAUGAAAGUGUGAAGAGCGCAUUUACUGAGGCCAUACUGGAAACACUUAUCAAGAUCUUCCCUCAGAUCAAGGACCAGGUAAUGGGACCACAAAGGAUACAUUUUGAGACAGUUGGGGAAAUGAAGAAUGGUACAGAGAUUACCACUCAGGGUUACUUCUUUUUGGAAGGAAUGAAAUGGUUGAUUGGAAAUUAAAAGAAGCAGUAACAUCCAAAAAAGAAAAAUGACAAGAGUGCUAUUCUUGUGACCCACUGUGAAAAACCUCUUUAAAGUGUAAACUGUGAGAACAAACCCAGGUAAACCUUAGGAACAAAUAAGGAAUGGAUGAUUUCAAUUGAGGAACAGGCCAUAAAUAUCACAAGACACAGAGCUAGAGACAAAAUGCGAGAGGUUGUCCGCUUAACUAUUGUAAAAUCUAGAAGUAGAACAGACCAAGCUGCUCAAAAUUGUUUGUGUCAGGGUUAUUCAGUAAACAAUGCAUUUAAGCAUAUUUAAAUCCAAUUUGUAAAACUGAGACUAAAAUAACAAAUUUGAAAGAAUUCUUUAACUCGGCUUUUGUCGCAGUUUGGCUAUUCUAUACUUUCAUUUGCUAAAAUUUUGGAGUUUAGUGAAUAACCCUUUAUGUCUCUACCAUCUAUUUGAGGUUCUGCACACAUUUCUAUUUCUCACCACUUUUCAGAUCGAUUGCUACACCAGUGGCUCUCCACUCACCAACCAGCACUACCUGGGGUCCUCAAUGGGGGAAUUCUAUGGAGCAGAACACGAUAUUGCCAGAUUGGACCCAGAAACCACAGCCAUUAAUAGGGCCACAACACCCAUAAAGGGACUUUACCUGACUGGUAAGUAUCAGAACUGUUUGAUUUUUCUUGAUGUUCUAUUUCCAUGGACACUUCGUGCAUACUUCGUGGAUGUCCAAAGAACAAGGAUCUAUUAAUCUGCGACUAUUUUUAUUAGGCACUUCAUCUCUGAGUCAGUCAAUGAUCACAUCAACUGAGUGGUUUACUUAACAAUCAGUAAGUUGGACUUGUAGACAUAUUGGAGUAUAUUUACAAUUUAGCUAUUUUAUGUCUAUAUUUUGGACUUAUUUUUUAAUUCUCUGUCCAUUAAAAAUAAUUAAGUAUGAAUGAUGUGAACAGGGAACUUCUAUUUCUUUUAUUUAUUUAUUUUUAUGUAACAAACGAGCCUGUGUUGCCACAAUAGCAAUACCAGGCUGAAUAUUGUCAUACAUUUGCAAACCUGGCAAGUGGAGGUUCUGCACAUUUUUACAAUAAAAGUGAUAUAGCAUUGGUCGAAGAAGGUAUGCGUGGCAUAACAGAACUUAUAGUAGUCAGAAAGUAAAUCCAACACCCAAAUAGUAUGAAGAUGGGAACACCUAAGUGUCCAGUCCCAUAAUGGAGCAAAAAAACAUUUUUUACAUAACAGCUUAAUUAACUUAUGUUAGACUAUAGUGUAGGAACCGCACUGCCCAUCUGCUAAUCCUAUAUUAGGUAUUGUUAGGUCUUUUGCUCGGUCUAGGGAUUUAACAACUGGCUAGGGAGUUACAUGCGGUAUCCAGCAGGGAACUUCUAUUGCAAUGAUUAAAAAUUAUGCUAUAAGAAAGUGCCUAUGUUUCCCCUUACUGGAGUUGUUGAUUUUGGUAUCUUUUCACAUUGUGGUGGCGUUCAGACUUUAUUCUCUUGUCUUGCAGGUCACGAUGUCCUCAUGUGUGGGUUUGCAGGAGCUCUAAUUGGAGCUGUGGUCUGCACAUCUGAAAUCCUAGGACGAAAUCUCUUUGUGGACCUGGAGUUUCUAAGAAGGAAGAUAAUUCAGGAAAAAGCCCAAAAAAAUGAGUGAUCUGAGCUCUGAUCACAAAUUUAUGGGUGGUAGGAAGGUGGGUGAGCUGACCACUGGUUAUUUUCCAAUUCAUACCAGAGUUGUACAUCAUUAAUUCUACUACAUAUCAGUAGCUCACCAAGAAUCCGCAAUGGAUUCAAAGCUGUGUCUGAUUAAAUGCACUCUUAUUCCUAGUUUUAUUUUCUCCUCCUGUUCCGAUCUGUUCAUGUCCCCUCUUACUCAAUCUUCUCUCUGUAUUCCCACCACAUUGUUUCUGUCCCUCAGUCUCCAUCUGUCUUUGUCCCAUUUCCCCAAAGAUCAUGUUUAUUUCUUUCCCACAAUGUUCCUGCAUCUCUACCAAUUCUUUCCCUGAUCCUUGCCUAACUUUAUGUUUGGGGGAAGCUGCGAAGUUGGGCAGUAAAGCUUGCAGUGGUGAAGUAGAGGAGUAGCAGAACCAUCCUUGUUCUACUAUGUGGAAACACGGCAUGUGACGUAAUAAUGGAUGAAGGCAGCUGCUUUAGGAUGAAUUUUUGCCUUUUGCCAUCCCUUUAAACAUGCCACUAAACGUCAGGACCUAAAUAUGCCAUUGCACAGUGCAAUAGCUUUUUAUAAAUAAGGCCAAUAAUCUAGGCAAUCUGUUUUGUAAUUGUUACUUAUUUUUUUGUAAAUUAUGAUGAAAAUAAUGUAGCUUGACAAUGUAAAAAAGUCUCUACCUAAUGAAAGAUUUUUAGUCCCGAUUUUAUGUCUAAACGAUUUACUGUAUUGAUGUAUUUAAAAUCUGCUGGAUUUGUUUUCAGAUGAAAAUAGGGGUCUAUGAGAAAACAAGCAUGUCCAGACACAACUGUGAUUGUAUCGUUAACAUGGAGCAGAAAAUAAAUACUGAUCGGACAAGGAGAUCAGCCAUUCAAAUUGUUUUAUAUGCACUUUUAAUGUAUAGCAAAGUUGAGCUGCCAUAUUGUUAGAGAAUUUAAAAACAAGCAUUUAUUCUGUAAACUGAGCACUAUGACAUUUGACAAAGGAGUUGCAACUUUUGAGGUGGGAAAAACGAGUUUGAGAAUAAACUUUUCAGUUUUCUAAUAAUUUCUCAGUUUAUUGAAUAAACCAUUAGGGGUAUUGUUCAGGUGAAAUCCCCUUUUAUUAUGUGGAACCUUAAUUCCAUGCUGAUGUUGGGCUCCAUAUAACACAUACAAUAAAAUUCUACCCUCAAGCAUUUUUUUUCAUGUAUGGUAUUUGUUGUUACCACUUCUGCAAGGAGUAUGUUCCAUGCAAAAACGUCAUGUUAGAAAAUUAAAUGUUUUGUUUUUUGAAAGACGUGGAAACAUCAGCCUGAUUUGUGUUUUUAAGAACUUUUCAAAUUCAGUGCAGAAGUAUUACAGGUAUUGCUUUCUAGAUACUAAGGUAAACAAGCAAAGGACACAUUAAAGAGACACUCCAGACCCCUAAAGCACUUAAUUUGCUGAAAGGCUUUAUGUAUAAAAAGUUGGUCAUCUUUAUUAAUUUUGCAAAAAGUGCAGAUGCCAAUUGAAAUGUACACUUUUAUGAAUUAACCUGGUUACACGUCAUGGUUUUGUUAGCUCAGUGGAGCUAGACUCAAGAGGCAGCAAUAACUCACCUGCCUUGCAAAAACUUCUCAUUGUGCUGCAUUGGCUAGUUUGUGAUUGGACAGCCACAAACGUCUGGGCAGGGUUAGAAGGGGAAGGAUUGCAAAGUCAGAACUGUAACUUUUCUAAGCUAUUUUUAGAUAUCAAACAAAAAAGGGGGAAAUCGAAAGAGCAAAACCCCCAGUCUGUUAAGGUAACAGUGAAAUUCUAAAGGUAGAGUGACUGCUCUAGCAAAAAAAAUCUUAACUUCAUGGUUGUUAGGUAGACUUUAUUAAUCUGUGCCAAUUUAUAGAUUGUAGCUACCAAUAAAUAGACACAAAAGUAAAAGAAAAAAGACACAAAGGUAACAAAAAGAAGGAAGAGUAUGUAGGGAAACGCUACUGAUAAAUGUCUAGGUAAAUAGUGAAUGUGCAGUAGCCCAACUAGAACUAAAGUCCCCCCAUGUACAUCAUAAAAUAAAAUCAGUACAUAUGUCAGUAUACAAUGUGGAUAUUCCCAACAUCCUCAGCCAGCUAGAAAAAACAUUAUACUGGCAAAGAACAUCAAUAUCAUAGGGCCGUCUUUUCCAGCAAGAUAAUGACCGACUAAACCAGUAAGAGUAAAAAAUGUGUGAUCUUAUAAGCUACAUACCUGAGAUGUAGCAAAAAAUGCCACAACUUACUACCAGCUGCUCCCUCAAUAUCCCCAAGAGGUGAGAGGGUAUAGUGCUACAAAAGUUGAAUCACUGGAUCCCUAAAAUACGAUCAAAAACUAGGAUCUAAACAGCUGGCUGCCAUAAGUAAUAAGUAACAGCCUACUACCGUCCUGUCACCGAGUGACCUACUGUUAGAUCACUCUACCACUAAACUAGAUAGGCAUACUGGUGAAAAAAUGUGCCAAUGGUGCAAGUAAAUAAAAAAAACAAAUAACCCAACGCACAUUACGGUGCAUAACUGCAUCUUCUUCAGUGGUAAACACCAGACUGAAAGGUGAGCCAGUUUCAAAAGGGAAUGGAAACCCUACCACAACCAAUUUCACCGAUCAAAUAAAACUACCGCCCAUAGCUGAAGUAAACCAAUAAUGGCAAAAGUAUCUCACACUCCUGGGCAUAAAUCCAAUGCAGAGGGAUGCUAUCCCAGCAACAAUCGGGUGAUGCAACCCAUCUCUGAAAAGCUAGCCUUCGCGAUAGGGUAUAUCUCUAUUGUUGCAUGUAUUCACUUAAUUCCUGUCGCGGAAACACAAAUCCCUAAUAAUUAAAUGUGAUGUACAGGACAAGGUGGUCUUAUAGAUGGUCAAAUAAACAAACUCCUCUAUUAAAACCCCCACCCCCAUUACUAAUCCCAAACGGGUAUGGAGGAGAUAUACCACUAAGAUGUAUAAGGGGAAUACAGCAUAUGGAUGUACUGUACCUGGAAGAUGAAGGGUCCACAACAAAGUGCAAGUCAAAAUAAGGAAAUACUAAAAGACUGUAUAAGAUAUAUAAGACCUCAAUCAUUGAUAAAUGACAAAUUAGAAAAGCCUUCAUUCAUGCCGAAGGGAGAGAGUGUCUUCAGACGAUAGAUCCAAAAUACUCUCUCCUCAUAAGUUUCUUAUACAAAUUGUUUCUCCUCUGAUCUAAUCCGACCAGUUCAGUGCCAGCGAACUUCAAACCUUCGAACUUCAUGUGGGUUGCCUCUAGGUGUCUCAAUAUGGGUGUCUUUGUAUGUCUAUUGUAUUUGCCGAGUUGAUGUGUUAGAUUAUCUGAAACUUAAAUGGGCAAAGUGUCUUGUCCGUAUACUUAAGGCCACACUUGCGCAUCAAUAAAUAGAUGAG